AUGACUUCUGCGGGAGGCGGACCAGCACCGUGUCCAGAUGACGGUUGGAUACGGUUUGUGUCGCGGGUGCCGGCCUUUGCAGCGGAGAUGACACCGUUGAAAUGCCUUCGUCACCGCACUUGCGAAAUGUACGGCCGUUGUGUAAUAGACAUGGCGAAAAACUCGAACAGGGACAAAUGGAGUUGGCCGUUUGGACGCCGUUGGGUCGGUUGGACGUCGGAGUUAGUGGAAUUAUUGCGGUCGGAAAGUUAA